AUGAACGAAAUCUUCAAAGCUGCCCCAGAGCCGGCCACCCCUCUGGGCCGGUACCGGGUCCUCUCCUCAACAGCAGGAGUCCGCGUCUCCCCCCUCCAGCUCGGCGCAAUGUCCAUCGGCGACGCCUGGAGUGGAUUCAUGGGCAGCAUGAGCAAAGAGCAAUCCUUUGCACUGCUCGACGCCUUCGUCGCCGCCGGCGGCAACUUUAUCGACACAGCAAACAACUACCAGAACGAGCAAUCCGAGGCCUGGCUCGGCGAAUGGAUGGCCGCACGUAACAACCGUGACCAGAUCGUGCUAGCCACCAAGUUUACAACCGACUACCGGACCUACGCAGUCGGGAAGGGCAACGCCCCCAACGCCUGCGGGAACCACAAGCGCAGCAUGAUCCUUAGCGUCCGCGACUCUCUCCGCAAACUCCAAACCGACUUCAUCGACGUCCUCUACCUCCACUGGUGGGACCACACCACCUCCAUCGAGGAAAUCAUGGACUCCCUCCACAUCCUCGUCGAGCAGGGAAAGGUCAUGUACCUCGGGAUCUCGGAUUCGCCCGCGUGGGUCGUUUCCGCGGCGAACACGUAUGCGCGCGCACACGGCAAAACGCCUUUCUCCAUCUACCAGGGACGGUGGAACGUGAUGCGUCGCGACUUCGAGCGCGAUAUCCUGCCUAUGGCGCGGCAUUUCGGGAUGGCGCUUGCGCCGUGGGAUGUGCUUGGUAGUGGCCAUUUCCAGACUGCUAAGCAGCUCGAGGAGCGGAAGAAGACGGGUGAGGGUCUGCGCAGUAUGAUGGGUGGUGAGCAGACGGAAGAGGAGAGGCGUAUCACUGAGGCGUUGGCCACUGUUGCUGCUGAGCAUGGGAUUGAGUCGGUUACUACUAUUGCGUUGGCUUAUGUGCUCUGCAAGGCGCCGAAUGUGUUCCCGCUUGUUGGAGGCCGCAAGAUUGAGCAUCUGCAUGAUAAUAUCCAAGCUUUGUCGAUUCGGCUUACGGAUAAGCAGAUCGAGUUUUUGGAGGCCGCGGCUACUUUUGACAUUGGGUUCCCCGGUAACUUCAUUGGGAUUGAUCCCGGUGUCAGUGGCAAGGCGGCCUUGCUGAUGGGCACGGCUGGUCAUAUCGAUUUUGUACAGGCACCUCGGGCUAUUGGGUAUGAGCCUGGUAAUUAG